GGGGGGGGCCAAGCUUCCCUCUCCUCCAGACCCGCGGGGCCAGUUGUUGCUCCAUUCAGCCCCCAAAGAGCUGGCGGGGCUUUGAGUCGCGACGAAGCCGGAACAGCGCCUCUCUGGCCUCCGCCGCUGAAGGAGCCCGGCUCCUGAGGAGAAGUCUUAGGCCCCGCCGCCACUCUGCUUUUUCGACGACGGGCUCCGGCUGAAGGAGAAGGAAGGAAGGAAGGAAGGAGAGGAGGGAAAGAGAGAGAAAGAAGUUAGGAAGGAAAGAAGAAGGGGGAAAAGAAGAAGGAAGGAAAGAAAGGAGUAGGAGGGAAAGAAAGAAAACGAAAGAAGGAAAGGGAAAGAGAGAGAAGUGAGGAAGGAAGGAAGGGGAGAGAAAGCCAGGAGGAAGGGAAGGGAGGCAGCCUGCCGGGGUGUCGGGGCCCUCCCAGGGCCAGGAUGCAGCGGGGCGUGCGGCUGAACGAGGGCCACGCGGCCUUCCUGGGGCUGGUGGCCCGCAAGGAGGCCCCCCGUCGGGGCUACCUGGCCAAGAAGACGGCGGAGACCAGCCGGUGGCACGAGAAGUGGUUCGCCCUCUACCAGAACCUGCUCUUCUACUUCGAGAGCGAGCAGAGCCCCCGCCCCGCCGCCCUCUUCCUCCUGGAGGGCUGCACCUGCGAGAGGGCCCCGGCCCCCAAGGCCUCCGCCGCCGCCCUCGCCUCCUCCUCCUCCUCCGCCGUCGCCGGCGGCAGCAGCAGCAGCAGCAGCAGCAGCGCCAAGGAGGCCGCCCUCGACAAGCAGUACUAUUUCACUGUCCUUUUUGGCCAUGAAGGACAGAAGCCACUUGAGCUCCGGUGUGAGGAAGAAGCAGAUGGAGAAGAAUGGGUAGAGGCUAUUCACCAAGCCAGUUACUCAGAUAUCCUAAUUGAAAGGGAAGUAUUAAUGCAAAAAUAUAUACAUCUAGUUCAGAUUGUAGAAACAGAAAAGAUCUCAGCAAAUCAGCUACGACAUCAACUUGAAGAUCAAGACACAGAAAUUGAAAGGCUUAAAUCAGAGAUUGUAGCUCUCAAUAAAACUAAAGAACGAAUGCGACCUUAUCAAGGCAACCAAGAAGAAGAAGAUCCAGAUAUCAAAAAAAUCAAAAAGGUCCAGAGUUUUAUGCGAGGUUGGUUGUGCAGAAGAAAAUGGAAGACAAUAGUCCAAGAUUAUAUUUGUUCCCCACAUGCAGAGAGUAUGCGAAAAAGAAAUCAGAUUGUUUUCAAUAUGGUUGAAGCUGAAUCAGAAUAUGUGCAUCAACUUUACAUCCUUGUUAAUUGCUUUCUAAGACCAUUAAGAAUGGCUGCGAGUUCAAAGAAACCACCAAUUAGUCAUGAUGAUGUCAGUAGCAUAUUCCUCAACAGCGAAACAAUAAUGUUUCUGCAUGAAAUAUUUCAUCAAGGAUUAAAAGCAAGAAUAGCAAACUGGCCAACUCUUAUUUUAGCUGAUUUAUUUGAUAUCCUGCUACCUAUGCUGAAUAUUUAUCAAGAAUUUGUUAGAAAUCAUCAGUACAGUCUCCAGGUUCUUGCAAACUGCAAGCAGAACAGAGAUUUUGACAAACUUUUGAAGCAAUAUGAAGCCAACCCUGCAUGUGAGGGCAGAAUGCUUGAAACGUUCCUUACUUAUCCCAUGUUCCAGAUCCCUAGAUAUAUUAUAACCCUUCAUGAACUUCUGGCUCAUACACCACAUGAACAUGUGGAAAGAAAAAGCCUUGAAUUUGCUAAAUCCAAGCUAGAAGAAUUGUCAAGAGUGAUGCAUGAUGAAGUGAGUGAUACAGAAAACAUACGGAAAAAUCUUGCUAUAGAAAGAAUGAUAGUAGAAGGGUGUGACAUAUUAUUGGACACCAGUCAAACUUUUAUACGACAAGGUACUCUUAUACAAGUCCCUUCAGUUGAGAGGGGGAAACUUAGUAAAGUUCGCCUGGGAUCAUUGUCUUUGAAAAAAGAAGGAGAAAGACAAUGUUUUUUAUUUACAAAACACUUUUUAAUUUGUACAAGAAGCUCUGGAGGAAAGCUGCAUCUACUUAAGGCAGGAGGUGUUCUUUCGCUAAUAGAAUGCACGCUAAUUGAGGAAACUGAUAUGAAUGAUGACGAUUCAAAAGGUUCCGGGCAAGUAUUUGGACACCUUGACUUCAAGAUCGUGGUAGAACCAGCAGAUGCACCUCCUUUUACAGUUGUCCUGUUAGCUCCUUCACGACAAGAAAAAGCAGCAUGGACGAGUGACAUUAGUCAGUGUGUUGACAAUAUACGGUGCAAUGGUUUAAUGACCAUAGUAUUUGAAGAAAACUCCAAAGUCACUGUGCCACAUAUGAUCAAAUCUGAUACUCGUCUUCACAAAGAUGACACUGACAUCUGCUUCAGCAAAACAUUAAAUUCCUGCAAAGUGCCCCAGAUUCGUUAUGCAAGCGUAGAACGCCUUUUGGAAAGAUUAACAGACUUGCGAUUUCUCAGUAUUGAUUUCCUUAACACUUUCCUACAUACUUAUCGCAUAUUUACUACUGCAGCAGUUGUACUGGAGAAACUGUCAGAUAUUUACAAACGGCCUUUCACUUCAAUCCCUGUUAGAUCUUUGGAAUUAUUUUUUGCUACUAAUCAAAACAAUAGAGGAGAUCAUUUGGUUGAUGCGAAAUCACCACACCUUUGUCGCAAAUUCUCUUCUCCUCCACCUCUCUCACUCUCUAGGACUUCCUCACCUGUCAGAACCAGAAAGUUGUCAUUAAGUUCUCCACUAAAUUCAAGAAUAGGGGCUUUAGAUCUAUCUACUUCCUCUCUUGCUAGCAGUCCUACCUCAACAUACAGCCCUGCUACAUCACCACCACCCACACUGUCUAAAGUACCCCUGGACCUGAGCAAAGGCCCUUCAUCUCCAGAACAAAAUCCUGGUUUUGCAGAUGACAACUCAGAGAAUCCACGCAUUGAGCUUUGCAACAAACUCAGAAGAAGCCUUCGAAGAGCGGUCUUGGAGUCUGUAUCAGUGGACCGUACAAUCCCAGAAAGUGCCUCAACUGUGGAUACUCCUGAGCUCUCCCCGUGCAGAUCUCCUUCAACUCCAAGACAUUUGCGUUAUCGGCAAUCAGGGGUACAGGCGACUGACAACAGCCAUUAUUCCGUUUCUCCUGCCUCUGCCUUUGCUAUUGCUACAGCUGCAGCUGGACAUGGAAGUCCACCAGGAUUUAAUAACUCCGAAAGAACAUGCGAUAAGGAGUUCAUAAUACGUCGAGCAGCCACUAAUCGUGUCCUGAAUGUCCUUCGUCACUGGGUCUCAAAACAUUCUCAGGAUUUUGAGCUAAACAAUGAACUGAAAAUGAAUGUUCUAAAUCUACUAGAAGAAGUGUUGAGGGACCCUGACUUGUUGCCACAAGAAAGAAAAGCUACAGCAAACAUCUUGAGGGCACUUUCCCAGGAAGAUCAAGAUGACAGUCACUUAAAAAUAGAGGACAUAAUGCAAAUGUUAGAGUGUCCUAAACCAGAGUGCUUUGAAACGUUAUCAGCAAUGGAGCUUGCUGAACAAAUAACUCUUUUAGAUCACAUUGUUUUCAGAAGCAUACCGUAUGAAGAGUUUCUUGGGCAGGGUUGGAUGAAAUUGGACAAAAAUGAAAGAACACCUUAUAUUAUGAGAACCAGCCAGCAUUUUAAUGAUAUGAGCAACCUUGUUGCAUCCCAGAUUAUGAAUUAUGCUGAUGUUGGCUCACGUGCUAAUGCGAUUGAGAAAUGGGUAGCAGUGGCAGACAUCUGCCGAUGUAUGCACAACUAUAAUGGUGUGUUGGAAAUCACAUCAGCCUUGAACAGAAGUGCAAUCUACAGACUGAAGAAAACCUGGGCUAAGGUUUCUAAACAGUCAUGCAGUUGUAAUCCCCCUUCAGUGCCAUAUCUUGGGAUGUACUUAACAGACCUGGCAUUUAUUGAAGAAGGAACACCAAAUUUUACUGAAGAAGGCCUUGUUAAUUUUUCCAAAAUGAGAAUGAUAUCACAUAUUAUCAGGGAGAUACGCCAGUUCCAACAGACUUCUUAUCGCAUAGAACAUCAACCAAAGGUCACUCAGUACUUACUUGACAAGAGUCUCAUCAUAGAUGAAGAUACUUUGUAUGAACUAUCCCUAAAGAUUGAACCCAGACUGCCUGCCUGAGAAAUCAGUUUUGUCCUUCAUUGCACAGAGAACUUUAGUGUUAUGGGAAAAUUAUGCAUGGCAUGCCUCUAAACAAUGCAAGGGGGAAACACUGAGAAGAAUUCAAGUUCCCUUUGUCAUUAAGGGUCACAGAGCCUCACAGGGAUUGCUUUUCAGGCAGUGAAGAAACUGUUGGAGAUGCAAGGCAAAAUAUCAGGGACAUGGGUUGAAUGCUUUCUGCUUGGUAAAGGUAACAUUUCAUGAGAAAAAAGACUGCGAGCUGAGAAGAACAUAAGAAGCAUUUAUAAGAAUUAUACUGAACAUGGCAGUAAGGGUGUACAGUGAAACAUAGGGAUGACCUUCCCUUAUGUGCCACUAAGUGAGGUAAGCCAGCAUUAAAGAGAGAAGCUUUGCCAGCCCUGACUUUGACAAAACAUCUGACCCACAAUGAGCAUGAAAGCAUCUAUGUAUUUUGACACAAUUGCAUUUGAUGGUGUCCAUUGUAAACAGUAGGCAUUUUAGAGUAAUGUUUUAUUCUGUAGAGGCUAUAUAAUAUGAUCUUUAACAAUAGGCAACGGCAUUUGCUUUCUAAAUGAGUUGUUUUAUGUGAAAAUGUCUCCUUCAUAACUUAAUUUCAGUACAUUGCCAAUUUCCAAAAUGGACAGAGGGUUGGGAUACAUGGAGGUGGCAUAUCAAAAGCUAGCUUAAUACUGUAAAUAGUUUUCUCAUCUUCUAGGUCUGUGGUGUAGUAAUCUAGGAUGCAAAUGCAUAAACUGCCUUUCAUGGUUGUGAAACAUACAAGCCUAGUUGCGAUUUUUAAAUUUGAUACUUGCAUUUCAUAGAAAAGAUGGCACUGUAAUAGAUUAAUUUCUUUGGUAUUUUAUACCUUGCUUUUUCACCAUAAAUGUUAUUCCUGUGACCUUUGUUAAAAACUGCAUGCUCGAACACAGAGCACUGCAAGAUCUCCAGGGCAACUAUAGGUUACCUUACAUGAUGGCUGGGACUCUUUCAUUCACUUAAGAAAGCAAAUUCAAGCAAGUAUCCCAGCAUGAACACUGUGUUCCAUGUCCAAUGAAGCCAGUGGGUACCUUCCACCCCUGCAUCAGCAUCAAAGCCUAGUGACCUAGUGAAAUAAAUAGUUCAGCUAUGGUAAUAGUUCUAGUUAUAUAUGCCUUUGUUUUCUUGUUAUGUUCUUACAGCUAGUUUUCAAGGUUUAUACUUUGUUAAACUAAUCCUUUGUGCUUAACUACUACAUAGCAUGACCACUACCCAUUGCACUGUGAUGUGCUUUCAAGUACCAUUGAGCCUCACAUUAUGGUACACUAUACUGUGACCAAUCUCUCCCCCCCUCUCUCUCCAUAAAUAGGCAUGAUUCCAAAGUCAGUUUAAAUGUAGUAUUUGCAUCCAUUAUGGUCUCUAAUCCAAGAGAAUGCAUGUGAGCAUUUGCUCUGGUGUGCACAUGAGCUGGGAUUGCCCCACUUCUUGGAAUGAGUGUGCAUUUUUCAGCAAUUGUUAGCACAAAGGGGCUUACACAUGUACCUCUCUCUGAGUUCUGUGGGACAAACUAUAAACACAACCACAAUUAAAGUCCCAAUAUAUAUAUUUUAACGACAGUACAUCAAAUUAGAUAUUAAACUUGACAUAUAUGCACUAUCCCAAAGGUUCCAAGCAUCCAUUGAGGUAUCAGGGCAGCCCUUAUUCCAGGACUUUACUGCCUGUGCUGCUCAGUUGUUCUGCAACAUUUGGAUGCAGAUCUUAAAGCCUUAGGUAAAAGAUACAAAACAGGUGGCAAUGCAUAAUAGAAAUUCCACUAUAAGGACAUUUACCCUUUGUUCCUUCCCAACUCCCUUACUGAAAACACUGUGACCUUAUUCAAGGUGAAAAGGACCUACUCCUUAUCCCUGACGAGCGCAACACAUCUCCUCCCCAGUUCUCCCUCUCUUUCUGAACUCAACAAGUAGGUAGAGCAUGUUCCUUAGGGUUUCCCCAGCCAUUAGGCAAACCAAUAACUGAAAGGGGUUUAACAUAUGGGAACUCAGAAACAACUCUCAGACUGUAUCUGUGAUCUUGUAGGAGUUACAAAUAUAUUUGUGCAUGAAAUAAUUUCUCCCUCCCAUAAUGACUCCCUAAAAGACAAAAAUCCAGAGCACAAUCCCAGAAGAGAGGAGCUUUAAGUUCUAUUAAAUCAAAUAAGAAGAAUGUACUUAAAUAUUUGUCAUUGCAAUGAGGGGAACAGAAAAAUAUGUGUGUUGAUCUGGCUUGUGGCCUUUAGUAAUAGAUUUUUUCUAUGUGAUCCCAGAUUAAGUCUUUUAAUAUUUUAAGAUAUAUGUGACACUUCCUAUGAUGUGUGAAAUUUCCUACAUCGCCGCCUCCUUUCCAUUGUAUCAAAAGUGAACCUAAACAUAACCGUGAAGACACAAAGCAGAUAUUAGCACUGUUGAAUAACUAGGCUGGAAAAGUGCCCUUACUUUUCCAAUCACUAUCAGCCUAUUGACAAAAUAGGGCUAAAUAUUGUUUAACCCUCUCAGGUAGACAGCUGGGCUUUUUUUUU